AUGCGGGCGCCCGUGACGCCGGCGGGCUCCGUCUCCACCGGAGAGACACCGCUUCAGCGGCCACCCGUCGUCAUCUCCUCGGCACCAUCCGCCGCAACGACAACGAGGAGGCGGCUGCUCGUGUCCGCCGGUGGCCUGCUCCUCGUCGCCGCCGCGGGCAACAGCGACGCCAGCAGGGGAGCGGCGGCGGCCGCGGUCGACCUCGGCUACGACCCGGUGACGGAGGCGGAGCGCGCGGCGAGCGCGGCCGUGUCGCAGCGCGUCGGGGAGGCCGUCCGGCUGCUGGAGGCCGGGCGGGAGCUGCAGGCGCGCGGCGAGUUCGCGGGGGCGCUGGCGUCCUUCACGGCGGUGGUGAGCGGGUACAAGGAGCUGGCGCUGUCGGAGUACGCGCGGGUGGGGCGGGCGCUGGUGCUGUACGAGAUCGGCGACCGCGACGAGUCCAUCACGGAGAUGGAGGACGUGUCGGUGGCGCUCAAGGGGUACCCGGAGAUCCACGCCGCGCUGGCGGCGGCGCUGUACGCCGACAAGCACGCGCCGCUGCUGGCCGAGUUCCAGUUCAACAUCGCCACGCUGCUGGACCCGCACUACUCCGACCUCGCCUACGUCAGGGACACCAAGCACUGGCCGCCCAGCCUCGUCGCCUCCCUCAAGAACUUCAUUACACUCACCUAG